GGCAAAUCUGGUUUUGCAAGUCACUCCUUUUCUCUUUUUGGGAACUACAAGUCCCAGCAUCCCUUCCUCCUUUUGCAUUGCAAGGCUGCCAUUGCUGCUCAAAGCAGGCGAUGAUGCACCCUCCGCUGGAAGAGGCGCUGGGCGUGAUGGUGAACACCUUCCACAAAUACUCGUCCCGGGAGGGAGACCCCUUGAAGCUCAACACGGACGAGAUGAAGGAGCUGCUCGUCCACGAACUGCCCACCUUCGUCCGGGGGAAGAUCCACGAGGUGGGGCUGGAGACCGUGAUGCGGAAGCUGGACAGCAACAAGGACGGCGAACUGGACUUCCCGGAAUACGCGGUCUUCCUGGCUUUGGUGGCCAACCUCUGCCACGAGUUCUUUGCCGAGUGUGCCGACGAGAAGAACCGCAAGAGAUGAGCAGCAAGAGCCACCCAAGGGUCUUCUGCAGGCCUGGGCCAACUCU